GUAAUAGGUCCAUAGUUGUACUGCCUGCCGAUGAAGCUCGUUGCGACUCUGAUAAUUUUUUCGUUUCUUAUUUCGGCCAGUGCAAAAAAGAAAGUACGUCCCCGGAUCGCCGGCGGCUACCGAGCCAAGCCCUAUUCGAUGACAUACCUCGUGGGCAUUCUGUACGCCAAAAGUCACCUGUCCAAGAUUGAGCUGGGGGCCGGCACCAUAAUAUCGAACCAAUGGGUCAUCACAGUCAGGGAUCUGCUCGUCUACGAGUUCAUCGAGGUGCACUUCGGCUCGCGGAGACCGUGGUGGGGCUAUCACCGCAGAAAGGUCUACCGAAACAACUUUUACUUCCACUACGAUAAGAGUCGCAGCAUUGCCCUGGUAAAGGUGCCGUUCCAGAAGUUCGACGAAAGGCUGAACAGGGUACGUAUUCCACCGUUCAAGGACUGGCGCCAUCGCUAUGUGGGCCACAAGACGGUGAUCUGCGGCUGGGGAAAUGGAAAGGUUGGGGGCAAGAUGCCCGACUGGCUGCGCUGCGCUGAGGUGAAGCCCAUCAGCAACGAGGAGUGCGCCGCCUAUUAUCCCCCAUUGAAAUACUAUGAGAUGUGCACCUCCGGAGAUGACAACAAAGGGGCUUGUGAUGGCGACGUAGGCGGCUCUGUGGUCUCCUUCGAGAGCAAACUGAUGCUGAUUGGCAUUAUAAACCUCAGGCCCGAAAACUGCAGCGGCGGCUGGCCAUCGAUUCACAUCCGGAUCAACGAUCACCUGCUGUGGAUACACUCUGUCUCUGGAGUAUCAUUAUAGGAAAUAAAUUAUUGUUCUGAUUAUUUUCACCACAGGCAGAGUCAAAUGAGUGAUGAAGCUAUUGUUUUCUAAUAUUUUUAUAUUCAUAAAAUCAUCCACCGAAGAGUACAUUUAACAUUAACAUUAAAACAAUAAUUGUAAUCUAAUAAAUAAAUAAAACCUUUUCAAAAUCAUAUAAUA